AUGUUGAAGUCGCGAGUCAUGAAGAUGGCCAGUGACAAAUGGAAAAGCGAGACUAUUAAUGGUAUCAAGGCCAAAUAUGUCAAUAAGUUGUUGGAUGUGAAAUCACUGACGCCGUCUUAUGUCAUUGGAACAGUUUUCGUCGAGAUGAAAUAUAAGCCGAACAUUUUGAAGGAGGUCAGUGGCAACAUAUUUGAGGCUCCGGUGUUCGAAGAUGAAUCGCAGUAUUCAAAGUUAGAUCGGGUUCGAAUUCACUCAUACUCGGAUCCUGAGACUGAUCAAGUAAUGCUUGAGGACGAUUCAGGUCGUCUUUUGCUGGACGGAGAGUUAUUGGAGAAGGUGAUUCUUGUUACCGGUGCAGUUGUUGGAGUACUUGGUAUGAUUGUGGAGGCAGGCAUCUUUACGAUAGUUGAUAUAGUGUAUCCAGAGGCUGCCCCUCAGGUUCCCCGAACUAUUGAUGGAAAUCAUGCCGACGAGAGUAUACUUUUUAUCUCCGGUCUUCGCGUCAAUCCGUCAAGUGAUAUGGCUCCAAUUGAGAUUCUCAAAGAGUUUAUUAUGGGAGAACUCUGUAAUUCGGACAACGUGGUAGAUUUGUUGAAGAAGACCACCAACUUAAUCAUUUUGGGAAGUUCCAUCGAGAUUACCGAAGAUCCAAGAAAUGCCUUGAAGGGUAAGGACAAGUAUAGUGAGGUACAUAAGUCUAAUUACGAUGCGGAUUCGCUGAAGAUAUUGGACAAAUGGAUCUCCUGCUUGCUUGUAUCUAUUCCUGUCUAUAUCUUGCCCGGUGAGACAGAUCCGGCAGAGGUGGGAUUUCCUAAAUUACCUCUUCAUCCGUCAUUCUUCGAACUAUCCUCUUGCCAUAAGAAUUUUGAAAGGCUCAGCAAUCCGUCAUGGUUGCAAAUCAAUGGAAAUCGUAUAUUGGUCACUUCCGGGGAGAAUGUUAAUGAUAUGUUCAAGUACUUGAUACCUAAUAUUGAAGUCGAGAUUGGGGAUGGUUUGGAUAGUCCGAUUAGAAAAGAGGUGCUACAUGACUCAAGGUUGAAAUUGUUAGAAGCCAGUAUGCUCUGGCAGAAUAUCGCUCCUACUGCUCCUGAUACUCUUUGCUGUUAUCCUUUCAGGGGUAUUGAUCCUUUCACUCUCACUGAGACUCCUCAUGUUUACGUUGUGGGAAACCAGCCCAAAUUUGAAUCCACCAUUCUGACGCUUAAUACAAAGAAUGGAGCUGACUGUACAGUUCGCAUAGUGUCAGUGCCCGAUUUUAGUGAGACAGGUCAAUGUGUCUUUCUCAACACAGACUCUUUACAAUGUACGUCCUAUCGAUUCAGUUAG